GAGUAUGUAUAACCUUUUCUCCUUAUGGUCGUCGUCGUUGCUAAAUUAGCAAGAACAAUUUAAAUAAAAAGCAAAUUUCAGAUAGCCCAGUGGCACUGCUUCAUCAGAAAGGAAAAAUUACGGCCGACCGGUGCCCUGCCUUGAUCACUUAACUGCGAUUUUCUCAGAAACGGCAGCGGAGAAGCGAUAAUCAUGCAUUCCUUUGGUUACAGAGCUAAUGCUCUGCUAACGUUUUCCGUCAUCAUCCUAGCGCUGAUGUGCGCCAUGGCUUCUCUCUCCGAUAAUCUUAAUACUCCCAAUCCUUCUGCCCAAAUUCAGGUUUUAAAUAUUAAUUGGUUCCAGAAGCAGCCCCACGGAAAUGAUGAGGUCAGCCUCACAAUGAACAUAACAGCUGAUUUACAGUCAUUGUUCACAUGGAACACAAAGCAGGUUUUUGUAUUCUUAGCUGCAGAGUAUCCAACCUCAAAGAAUGCCUUGAAUCAGAUUUCACUUUGGGAUGCUAUCAUACCGGCCAAAGAGCAGGCCAAAUUUUGGAUUCAGACCGCAAACAAGUAUCGUUUUGUUGACCAGGGAAGCAAUCUUCGUGGUAAGGAAUUCAAUUUCACUUUGCAUUGGCAUGUAAUGCCCAAGACCGGCAAAAUGUUUGCCGACAAACUAGUCAUGUCUGGAUACCGCUUACCUCAGGAAUACAGACGAAGGACUUGAUGUUUUCAAUGUACUUUGCAGCUCUAACUUGAGCGGUCUUAAUAUCCGAUGAUAAAAUUCAGGCAAAUCAAAAAUUAGAUACACAAAUUUUUGUUAUUGGCAGAGAAGGUGAUUAAUAUUUGGAAUUUUGAGUAGUUUGUCAUCUUCUUAUUGUCCUUUUUUCAAGGGCCAUUCUAGAUUUCAAGAACCACGAUCAAGACUAUAGAUAAGCAGUUAAAGAAAACUUAUGAUGCUGAUGAUGGAGAAUGGCUAAAGAAGUUCAGGAAAUUAGGGGAAAAGCUACAAUUACAAUUCUUUGUUUUUAUUCAUAUUUAAAUAAAUAAUCGUAAUUCUAUAGAAUUGUUAUUUAUAAUUUUUUGUAGAAAUUCUACUCUGAUAAAUUAAAGAAUAGCUAUUCUAUUUUUUUUAAGAAUGAUUAUUCCAUUUC